AUGAAUCUGUUUGGAAUACAAGCCCAGACAAGGCAAUCUGUUAGGAUAACUCUUGUUAUAAUGUUUCACUAUCAACAAUCAUACAAAAUGAUUGUUAUUCAUAUUGCAAUACUUCUAUUAUUAAUUUCACUGUUUGAAUUUAUGAUGGGCUAAUAGGAGGAUGUUAAUUAACAAUUGAUGUUCCUUUUAUGCAAAGACGGCACAAUUACAGAUUAAUUACAAAGGGGAACUAAGUGCAUGGAAUGAAACGUCCUCUUAAUGGGCAGAUAAAUCUUGUCAAACUGCUCCUGCUACCUCGGAUUAUUAUCAUGACUCUAAUUGUAGAUCUUACUUUAUUAACAAAUGUACAGUUUCUUAAUAUGGAUAAGGUUGUGUAAUUGUUCCUGCAUCAUGUACAACAAUGACAGAGAAUUAAUAUUAUUUCAAUAAGAAUGAAGAUCCUAGUUGUUGGACAUGGAAAAAUUUGUGCAACUAGAUCAUGCGAUAAUGUUCCUGAUUCUGCUAGUUCUUCAGACUUAAGCAAAGCUUAUUUAGCUGGAUAUGCAUUCUAUACUAUUAUAAAUGCAAAGUUAAUAAAGAUUACUACUUUUUUAUAGUGUCAAAAAGUAUUAUCUACAUGUAGCUCAAAUGGAAAAUAUUUUUUUACUAGAGGGUCUUGCUUUUAAGCUAAAAGUUUGGCUGUUUAUGUUAUUUCAUCUACUGGAUAACUUUGUGAAUGGAUUGCUGCUCAAGGGUAUUGUAAAAUAAAAAGUUGCCUUACUGCUCCCUUAACUACUGAAAAAAUGUGCCAACUAUUUUACUAAAUUUUCAACUAAAAUAGAUGGUGGAUUUAUAAGUAAAUCAACUUGUGCUGGUGCUUUGAUUGAAGCUGGACGUAAAAUUGCUUUGAAUGGCACUGUCUGUUUUUGGGAUGAAUAACUAAAAAAUAUAGAUAUUCUUAGGAUUUCAAUCGAAACAUCAUGCAAGAGUUUAAUUUGGGAUAUUGAUUAGAAAUGCAGAUUGUUAAUAUACAACUAACGGAUCUCAUUUUUUUGGUAUCUCAUUGUGUUCAGAAACUUAUAAAAAUGGAGGAUGAGGACAGGAUAUGAUGAUGCUUUUAUUCAAUCCUUGAAUUCAUUAGAUCCCCAUAGUUUGCUUUCCUAAUAAUUCAUCUAUAUUUUUUACAUAAGCUAAUAUUUUUGA